AUGGAUUUCACCAAGGCAGGUGUGGCGAGGAAAUUGCAACUAGAGGAGCUUGAAUGCUUGAGAAUGGAGGCAUAUGAGAAUGCCCAGAUCUACAAGGAAAAGACUAGAGGCUUUCAUGAUCACCACAUCCGAAGGAAAGAUUUUCAAGAAGGUGAUGAGGUCCUCCUCUACAACUCGAGGCUUCGAUUUAUGCCUGGAAAGCUCCGCUCUAUAUGGGAAGGAGCCUUCAAGGUGAAGGAGAUAAAGCCCUAUGGAGUAGUGGAAUUGUCUGACCCUCAAAGUGACACAACUUUCAAAGUGAAUGGAUGA